AUGUUGCCAGAUGUCCAAACACAAUCAGUUUCAUCAGCUGAAGACAUUUCAAAUUCAGAUUUCGAUGUUAAUAUCCUUCAAGAUCUUUUUACAGAACCAAAUGUCCCUUUGAAAUUCCCUCUUCCAACUGAUAAAGAAACGUAUAUCGAUAUUGAAGGAAAUGGUAAAGAAGCCAGUAAAUCUUUCAAUAUUUUAUAUCUGGCUCUCAGAUUAAUAACUGGUCCUUCAAGAUUCGAUAAGAUUUAUUCCAUUCAAGAAUACCGUUAUUUCACUAACAAACAUUCAGAUGAAUUCAAAAAGAAGUUUAACGACUAUAUGAACAACAAAUUAGAAAGAGACGACACUAAAUUAGACGAAAUUGUUUAUGAUUUAAUCAAUCAAGAAUUGAAUUUGAAAUUGAUCACUGCUGAUCAAUUUAAGGAAAGAUUUCAAAAAGUAAAGGAUUAUAUGGUGAAAUUUUAUAAACAACAAAAUAAAAAGAAUUUACCAACUUUUCCAUCUCAUGAAUUUCUUCGUUCAGCUUAUGUGACAGUAUUGUUUCUUAUGAGAAAAUUAUUUCCUAAAGGAAUUUGGGUUUCCAAUGAUGAUAUUUCUAGAUUAUACCAACAAUAUCUUAAAGACCCGAUGUCUAUCAUAUUUUUACCUUCUCAUCAAUCCCAUUUGGACUAUAUAAUUAUUCACGUCAUUUGUAUUAGAUUUCAAAUGGGUACACCAGUUGUUAUUGCGGGUGAGAAUUUGAAUGUUGCUGUUUUAGGUGGCUUGUUACAAAACUUGGGGGCAAUUUUCAUUCCACGUUCUUUCAACAAUGAGUUAUAUACUGAAAGAAACUUGAACAAUGUCAUUGAAUUCUUUUUGAUGAACAAAGUUUCCUUUGAAGUGUUUAUUGAAGGUACUAGAUCAAGAGAUGGUAAAUUGUUACUUCCAAAAUAUGGUAUUUUGAAAACGUUGUGUUCAAUUUAUGACAAGCAAAGAAAUGUAGACCAGAAUUCCAAUUUUGAUUUAUUAUUCCAACCAGUUGCAGUUACUUAUGAACGUGUUUACGAAAAUGAUGCUUUCUUGAAAGAGUUAAAAGGGGAUGAUAAAACUCAAGAAAGUUUAUUUGGCACACUAUCUGUAGCUGCUAGUGCAUUUUUUCUUAAAAAUGAUGUUGUAUUUGAUGAUAAAGGUUGGAAUGAUAAUAGUCAAAGAACGUUAACAGGGAAGAUUUUUGUCAAACUUGGAGAAUCAUUUAAAAUCUCUGAAUAUCUUGAUAGUCAAUCCGAACUUGAGAAAGAAAUGCCUGAUGGUGUGAACUUGAAAAGAUUAGGGUUCAAAAUCUUGCAUGAAGUCAAUAGAAAUAGUUAUAUUCCUGAAGUUUCAAUUGUUGGUACAGCUAUUCAAGCAUUCUAUGAUUUUUCCAACAAAAGCAUUUUUGACGUUUCUGAAUUAAUCCCGGUGUUAAGAAUUGUUGUUCAAGCAUUACUUCGUGAGAAUGAGAACAGUGUUACCAAUAGUAAAAUUUUGGAGGAUAUGCUGGUUUGUUCAGAUGCUCAAUUGGAAACACUUGUUAAAGACCAAAUAUUUUCAUUUUUCAGGCUCAUUAAGGUGAAUAAGAAGACCAAUUCCAUUAAGAUUGAAUCACCAAUUGAGUUGUUGUAUUACAAGAAUUUGACUAUUCAUUUGAUAAUAAAGAGAUGUCUUGUGAUGUACAUUUUAUUGUUACUUGAUGGAUGUCCAAAUUGUAAUCAUCGAGUUGUGGGUAAAAUUUUCUAUAUUUUGACAGGAUUCCUUAAGAAUGAAUUUUUGUUUGAUUAUGAUGAGAAUGAUAGAAAUGAAUUGUCAUUUAUUUUAAAUGAUUUGGUUGAAUUGCAAGUUGUUUCUAAAAAAGAAGAAGAUUAUCAAGAUUCAGUAUACAAGAUUGCCGAUCAUGAAUAUGUCAAACUUUUUGCUAAUUUGGCGCAACCAUUUUUAGAAUCCUAUAUUGUUUUGAUUUCCAACAUUUUAGAAAUGACAACUAAUUUGGCUGAUAGUUAUAGUAGAACUAAACAACAAAAAAAACAUGAUAAAAUUGUUGUGGAUGAUGAUGAAUUAAGAUAUCCAACUACUAAAGGGUUGUUGAAAUACAUCAUUGAUAAAUCAAAAAAGAGACAACAAUUUAAAUCGUUGGAAUCUAUUAACAAGCAGUAUUUGGUGAGUGAUUUAUAUUAUUUGAAUAAUUUGCAAUUGGUCAAGAUAUUCAAGAAUAAAGCUAAAACCAAAGCAUUUGUUCAAAUAUUGAAUUUAAAAGAUUUAAGUGUAUUGAAUGAAUUUUUACAUCAAUUAUUACAACAAGGAACUAAAAAGAAAAAUAUGUUAACUAAUGAGAUCUAUGUUAAUUAUGUUAUUGAUAUAACUGAUAAGAAUUUUGAUAGAGAUCAUGAUGAAUUAAGGUUGGCCAAUAAACUUUAG